AUGGGUAUUUUCGCGUUUCUUUGGAUGGGGAGUCUCGUGCCACUCUGUCAACCGCUAAUAUACACAAAUGACUGGGCGAUCAGGAUAAAUGGGGCACCCGCCUCUGCAGACAGUAUAGCGGAGAAAUAUGGAUUUCUCAAUUUGGGUCAGAUUGGAGACUUGAACAACUUUUAUAGUUUCCGUCACAGUGGGACGGUGAAGCGGUCGACGGUGUCCAACAAAGACUUUACUGACCUCAUCGCCAAGGAGACCAAGGUGGAGUGGGUGCAGCAGCAGGUGGUCCAUUGGAGGACCAAGAGGAACUCCAGAGCCAGUCACAUCUACUCCAUUGACGUCCGGACUAAACACAUUCCCCCAGGCCCCAUCCAACCUAACCAGACCCAGACACUGGUUUUCAAUGACCCCCAGUGGUGCAGCUUGUGGUACAUUCACUGCAGUGAGGGCUCCCAGGGCUGUCCGUCCUACAUGAACAUCGAGGGGGCCUGGAGGAGAGGACACACAGGGAAGGGAGUGGUGGUGUCCAUCUUGGAUGACGGCAUCGAGAGAGAGCAUCCUGAUCUCAGGCCAAAUUAUGACCCCUUUGCGAGCUAUGAUUUCAAUGAGAAUGAUGAUGACCCCACGCCCAGAUACGACUCCAGCAAUGACAACAGCCAUGGGACAAAAUGUGCUGGGAUGGUUGCCGCGGCAGCAAAUAACUCCCAGUGCACCGUUGGAAUCUCCUUCAAUGCUCAGAUAGGUGGCAUUCGUAUGCUGGACGGAGAUGUGACGGACAUAGUAGAGGCCCAAUCCCUGAGCUUCAGGCAGCAGCACAUUGAUAUUUACUCUGCCAGCUGGGGGCCGGAGGAUGACGGGAGGACUGUGGAAGGACCUGGCCCUCUGGCUCGCCUCGCUUUAGACAACGGCAUACGCACUGGUAGGAAGGGACGUGGCUCCAUCUUCGUGUGGGCGUCGGGUAAUGGUGGGCGGAGCAGGGACCACUGCUCCUGUGACGGCUACACCAACAGCAUCUACACCAUCUCCAUCAGCAGCACCACCCAGAGUGGGGCCAGGCCUGACUACCUGGAGCCAUGCCCCUCGACACUGGCUUCCACCUACAGCUCCUUCUCCACCGACAGACAGGGAGCCAAGAUGGUAACAUUGGACCUGAAACAAGGCUGUAGCAAGGAGCAUUCUGGGACCUCAGUCUCCGCUCCAAUGGCAGCAGGGGUCAUCGCACUCGCCCUGGAGGCCAACCCAAUGCUGACUUGGAGGGACGUACAGCACAUUAUUGUCAGAACGUCACAGGCCAGUCACCUGACCUCCCCUGACUGGCACACCAACGGAGCUGGAUACCAGGUGAGUCACCUGUAUGGCUUUGGGCUGCUGGAUGCAGAGAGCAUGGUGAAGGAGGCUGAGCGAUGGAGACUGGUCCCCUCCCAGCAUGUGUGUAAGGAAGCUCCCAUCCAACAGAGCAGAACCAUUCCUCCAGGCCUUGUGCUGAGGUCUGUGUAUGAGUCCACUGGCUGCUCCCUUCAUCCCCUGCAGCACAUUGUCUAUCUGGAACACGUAGUCAUCCAUGUCACCAUCACCCACAGUCACAGAGGUGACCUCUCCAUCACACUCACAUCACCCGCGGGGACCAAGUCACAGCUACUGGCAAACAGGCCUCUUGACCACUCCACUGAGGGCUUCCAGAGCUGGGAGUUCAUGACCACUCACUGCUGGGGGGAGAAGGCAGCAGGAGAGUGGAGUCUAGAGGUCCUGGACACUCCCUCUCAACAGAGGGACAACAGUGAAACAGGGGAAUUGAGAGAGUGGUCAUUAGUGCUUUAUGGCACCUCAGAGCAACCAUACUCCAUGCGCCGUGAGCAAGCCCGCUCGGCAGAGCUGCCAACUGACGGUGGUGACCUCACUGAGGAAUAUAGCGGCCUAUGUGACCCAGAGUGUAGUGAGGAUGGCUGUGAGGGACCAGGCCCCCUGCAGUGUGUCACAUGUCUACACCUCUUCCUCAAGUUCAAGAACAACACCAGGACGUGUGUGUCUGUGUGCCCAGUGGGAUUCUGGGGCGACCGGCGUCGCUGUAAGAAGUGUUUCUCUUCCUGUGAAAGCUGCACGGGCAGCCGCAGUGACCAGUGUACUACAUGUCGCCCUGGACACCACCUGACCGAGGGAACCAAUAGCUGCAUGGCCAGCUGUGGUGACAACUAUUACUUGGACCAUGAUGCAAAUAUGUGCAGGAAGUGCAGUGAAAACUGCUUGAGAUGCACCUCGGCAAACAUCUGCACAGAAUGCAAAUCCGGCACAAGUCUGUUGGGGAACCGCUGCCAGAGGAGCUGUGGACCAGGAAGUUACCACAAUGUGCAGGAGAGCACCUGCGAGCCCUGCCACAAGGCCUGUGCCACCUGUGCAGGUGCGGGCAUUGAGGCGUGUAACCAGUGUGCUGAUGGUUAUCUGAUGGAGGAGUGGAAGUGUGUAUCCUCCUGCAGUGCUGGCUUCUAUGCCAUGGAGAGCAGCCCACAGACAACUAGUGAUGGACCCAGGAUAUGCAGGAGGUGUGAUGCCAGCUGUCUCACCUGUGUGGGAGCGGGGAAGGGGAACUGCAGCAGCUGUGCCAGUGGACACAGUCUUCUGGACAAAGUGUGUAUGGUCAGCACCGUCUGUGGUGAUGGAGAGUACCAGGAUAGCCAUGGGAAGUGCCAUGCAUGUGAUGCCACGUGUCUGAAGUGUACAGGCCCAAAGUCAGAGGACUGUAUCAGCUGUGACCCCUCUAGGUCCCUGGACGAGGGUCGCUGUGUGGCUCAGUGUGCCCAGGGGAAGUACCAGUCAGGUGGGCAGUGCCACCUGUGUGACCACACCUGUGCCAUGUGCAUGGAUGGAGGGCCUGCCAACUGCACCAGCUGUGACACCGAUAAAUUCAACAUGGACCGCUACCUGUACAAGGGGGGUUGUGUCGACGCUUGUCCGGAAGGCCAUUACCAUACCCAGGAGAAGAGCUGCGAGGCCUGCCCCGACAACUGCAAACUCUGCACCUCCGCCACACACUGCCUGCGCUGUAACUCCUCCUACUACAUCACUGAUGGAGUCUGCACCCAACUAGAGUGUGGAGAAGGUGAGGUGGAGGAUCCAGAGUAUGAUGACUGUAUGGCCUGUGAGGAAGGCUGUAAGAAGUGUGUACUGUAUAACCCCAGGCAUUGCCUAUCCUGCACUGACGGCUUUUACAAAUUCCAAGAUGGCUGCUACAAGAACUGCCCAGCGAAGACGUUCAGCGUAGAGGAGGAGAUGGCCUGUGUGCCGUGUGAUGAGAAGUGCGUCAGCUGUGACGAACACGAGUGCUACUGGUGUGAAACCGACCUCUUCUUAUCAGAGGGGAAGUGUGUGCCGGAGUGUCCGGACGGUUUCUACGGAGACGAAGACACCCAGGAGUGUGAAGAGUGUCACUCUGACUGUGUGACAUGCAGCGGUCCCGACAGUGAUGACUGUGUGUCGUGUGAGGAGGGGAAAAGCCGGGAGGAGGGGGAGUGCGUCUCUAAACAGGAUUUCUGCCCUGUUAAGACCUUCCUCACUGGUGAAGGAGAGUGUGAGGCCUGCCAUGCCUCCUGUGACUCAUGUUCAGGAGAGGAGAAGAGCCAGUGUAAAACCUGUGUGAAAGGGCGGUUCCUGUCGGCAGAGCAUGUGUGUGUGUUGAAGUGUCCAGCGGGCUCAUUCGCCAGCCGGCUGAGUGGUGUGUGUGAGGCGUGUCCUCGGGGGUGUGUGCAGUGUGUGGACGAGCAUCACUGCACCCGCUGUCAGGUGGUACGCAAGGCCCCACUCUACCUGCAGGACGGACAGUGUGUUCAUCAAUGCCAGAGUGGGUAUCCAGCGGGCCAGGUGUGUCGUGGCUGUGCGACAGGCUGUGCCUCCUGUGAGAGGAAUGCCACUCAUUGUCUGAGCUGUGUGGAGCCCCUCCUUCUGUACAAACACCAGUGUGUGGAGGCCUGCCCCCCUGCACACACACUCAGGGACGGGGAGUGUCAGCACUGUCCCACAGCCUGCCAGGAGUGUAGCCCCCACAGCGAGUGCACAGACCCCAAAAUGGCACCUUUCAAGAGACACGCUUAUGACGCAGAGUUCAAACUCAAGGCUGUCGGUCACGCACAACUGCCAAAAGAUUACCAAGAAAAGCUGGUCACUUUCCGCGCAUACUGCAAAAAGAAGAUCACUGAAAAGAAGAUCCGGCCAGAGCACAUCACCAACAUGGACGAGGUUCCACUCACCUUUGAUAUUCCCGUGAACCGCACUGUGGAGAAAACGGGGACCAGCUGUGAGGAGUACCACUUCCUCUACGAGGGCCGCUGUGUGGUGGACUGUCCCGAGAGGUUCUUCCAGGACUCUGAGCAGGAUGUGUGUGUCCGCUGUCACCCUGACUGUGCCCAGUGUGAUGGUCCGGACGGGGACGACUGUGACUCCUGUGCAGACCCAGAGGCUACCCUGCACAACGGAGCCUGUCUGCCGAACUGCCCCUCCCACACCUAUAGGGACAGCAGGACUGGGCAGUGCAAAGACUGCGAUGGCUCCUGUCUCACGUGCUCGGGGCCCCACGCUGGCUCCUGCUCCAGCUGCAGAGAGGGUCAGAGAGUGGACGCCCAUGGACACUGUGACCCCCUGGUCAACAGGUGCACCCCCCGCCACUACACUGACCAGGAUGGAGAAUGCCACCCAUGCCACAAGUACUGCCAGCAGUGCAACGGGCCAGGCAAGAGCCACUGUCUGAGCUGCAACCAGAACCAUUUUAUACUGAAUGGUACCUGCAUGGACAUCUGUCCUACUGGGUUCUACCAAGAGGAGUCAGGCCAGAGAUGUGAAGCAUGUCACCCAGCCUGUCUCACCUGCAUGGGCAGACAAAGCCACGAGUGUCUCAGCUGCAAGGACCACCUAUUCAGAGAGGGCAAGGAGUGUGUGGACACCUGCCAGAUAAGUUACUAUGGAAACAUGACCUCGAGGACGUGUGAGAGGUGUGACCCGAGCUGUGGUGAGUGUUCCGGGAGCAGGGCGGAUGACUGUCUGAACUGUGCAGAUGGACUGCUCUACCUGAGGAAACAGGGACACUGUCACUCCAGCUGUCCCCAGGGCCACUACCAGGACAGCCAGCACCACACCUGUGAGCCCUGUCACUCCAGCUGCAGAACCUGCUCAGGAAAAGGAUCUCAGGCGUGUGACUCGUGUCACAUGGGCUACACGCUGUCAGACGGAAUGUGUGAGUCCCACUGCAACAUGGGUCAAUACCCCAUGCUACAGGAUUGUGAGGACUGUGACAGUUCCUGUCUGGACUGUAUGGGACCUGGUCCAUACAACUGCACCAUUUGUCCUGCCCAUGCCAUCCUCACAGCCGGGGGGCGCUGUCUGCUCUGCUGUCAGAACGACCUGCCAGUAGAGGGAGAUUCCACAGCGCAGCAGCAGGAGUGCUGCAACUGCACCGAGACAAGAGGGGAGUGCGUCCUCAGCACUAACCUGGCCUUCCGCAAUGACGAAGUGGUGUCAUCCGGGAACAUGGCACUCUUCAUCACCACCUCCAUCCUACUCCUGCUGGGCCUGGGUACCGUAGUCUUCCUCAUCCGACGCUCCCGCUCCAAGAUCCCCUCCCUCCCCGACCCCAUCACAGCCCCCCGUGGCUACGAGAAGCUGGGUGGCGGGUGGCACGGAGGCGGGCGUCAUAAUACCACAUCCGGCGGGCACGCCAGUUCCAGCGGGCAUUUCCGCGAGGCCCAGUUGGUGGAUCUCACCGAGCGCCGCGGGGAUAAGGAUGAGGAAGAUGAGGAUGAUGAUGAGGAUAUUGUGUACAUGGGUCAGGAUGGAACGGUCUACAGGAAGUUCAGGUACGGACAGCCAGGGAAUGAUAAUGACGAUGAGCUGGAGUACGAUGAUGAGAGCUAUACAUUUCGCUGAAGAGUGAUUUUUCUUUCUACAGUUCCUUUCUUUCUACCUGUCUUUCUUCCUUUUUCUCUCUGACUCUAUCUUUCCCUCAGGGCUUGCGUCCCAUCUUAUUUGUCCUCCUUUGAUAUUCAGUUAUAACAAGAAUGAAUAGCUAUUUCAUGCUGAGCGGUGUUUAAAACAAAUGCUGUUCAUUCACAAAACUGUGUAUGUUAUUUUUAACAUUUAUGGGAAAUGUAUAUUUUAUUUUGUUGUGUCUUUGGUUUAUUUUGCGUGUGGCUUCAACCAUGACCCCUGUAAAACAAGAUCCUAUUUGUCGUAAAAUCAGUUUCAAAAUGGUGUUACUCCUCUUUGUAAUUGUGGUGGUUUUGAAGUUUAAUACGGCUCUAUUCAAUCUGGAACCGAUGAAGCGUUACAAAUUGCACUAUAGAAAUGUAAAGGUAAUUUCCGAUUGAGCCGACAUAUGCAGCGUUUACCGUGAAUGCAGUCUCUGCUAACUCGGGAACAUUGCCUUUACAUUUAAAUCAAGCUGUAACGCUGAUAGAGUAGAGUCCUAACACUUUAAAUCAGAGUUAUGGUUUUGCCACUUGUCUUUGUAUAAUUAGUUUGCAGUCAUUGACUUUUGAUUAGAAAAUAUUUAGUGUUGUUAUUCAA